AUGGAAACGAAAUUUGACUUUCAAAUUAAUUCUGAAUCAAAACUCUCUAUAUUUAAUUCGUAUUUCAUCAAUUGUAAUGUUGAAUCAUUAGAUGUUGAUAUUAUUCGUGAUUGUUAUUUUAAGAAUUCAACUAUUGUUAGUAUCACAGGACGUAUUGAAACUGUCUUCACGGACAACGCAACAUCUGUAAUCAAUUGUUCAUUUACUCAAGAAAUUCCAUAUCCAGAAGUUGAACCAAUUCUUUGUCCAUCAAUUCCAUUAGAGAAGAAUUACACGAAUCAUGAACAAAAUUCAUCAAUAAGAUUCACAUUCAUAGAUGAAAAAAUCGAAGUUACCAAUUGCAAGUUUAUUAAAGUCAGUGUUCAACAUGAUGAAGGCUCUGCAAUUACUAUUCUACGACCUGCAUAUCAAUACUUUGUUUCUGAUCCUUUCAUUAAGAUCGACAAUGUUUUCUUUUGGAAAUGUCAAUCUGAAUUGAUAUCAGGAGCUAUUUAUAUUGAUUAUUCAAGUUCUCAUAUUGAAAUGAGUCACAUUUGUGGUAUCGAAAUUUCCGGGAUGAUGUUUCAAUUUUGCUAUAUAGAUACUAAAUCAUAUUUUUCAUUUAACAGCAGCACUAUAUAUUCUGAUUUUAAAUCAGCAAAUGCUUUAUCCUAUGAUGUUUAUGAUAUAAAUGGAUUAUUUUACUAUGGAAAUAGAAUAACAACAAUAAUAAAUGGAAUCAAUACUUCGAAAUGCUAUACCAUUGGAAGUGUUUUUAAUCUUCACAAUUCAACAAUAAAGUUUUGUCAAGAAGAAGCAAUUUAUACUGCUUUCUUUACUGCAUAUGUAUUUGUUGAUGUUGAUUACUAUAAUUUUAUCAACUCUAGUACUGUUAAUCAAUCACUUUUUAUAGAAAACAGUGAUUAUAAUUCAAAUGUAACAUUUAGUCACUGCGUGUUUAUUGAUUCGCCUUUAAUAGAAUUUUUCAAGGAUUACGCUGAUACAAAUAAUAUUUCAUUCAUUGAUUGCAAUAGUACAAAAUUGAAUAAUCUUGAAUCAUAUCUUUUGCCCGCAUGCCGAACUCCUAAUUUCAAUUCGAAGAAUUACAAAAUGAUUAUUUAUUAUUCAGUCUCUGCAGCUCUUUUUGUUUUGGUUGUUGCUAUUGUUUGCAUAGCUUAUUAUUGGAGUAGAAAGAAAAAUGCAAAUUUUGAGAAAAGAUUAGAACUUGACAGAGAACUUGCAGGAGAUUUUGGAUAA